AGGAAGAUUUAGUUAAAGGCCUAUAGUUAUUUAUAUUUGCUUAAAAUUGAUAAAUGCCAAGUGAUGGAUAGAAUAAACCAGACGAAAAUGAGCAAGAUUUAAUAUUAAAACAAUCCAAGUUGAAGAUGGGGUUUUAUUAGCUGAGUAAGCAAUUUUAUACCGGGUCCAUAUUCAUGAAAAUUCAAGGCCGCUUGCGUUUUUAUCUAGGUCUCUUUAUCAACUACCUGUCUAGGAAAAUUUACAAACCCUAUUGUUAGCAAAACUUGGGUGCCUUGUGGAUUUAAUCAGAUAAGCUUAAUUUGGCAAUUUAGAUUAGUUGCUUACAGCGGUUUCACCACUUGCUUAAAUGCAUCUGGCAGAAUGCCUUCUCGGACUGUCGGCUCUGUAUGCGAUCCUGAUUCCUCGCUUUGCUUCAGCCGUCAUCAUCCAAGCUGAAAUUGAUCUGGAUGAUCAUUCGGAGCUUCUUAUUGGAAACCUCAUAAACAAAGUUGAUGCGAUUAUUGACCCAAACAUCGCUGAUUCUGUAAACGCUACCAAAGAACUCGCUUAUGCUUUACUCAAUAUUGGCCCACUCCUCUCUGUAAAGGGGAACAUCAGCGAUCGCUCAAAUACGUUUUCAUUUAGCUUUAACCUCGACGCUGUAGCCGGUGUGGUGAAGUCACUCGAGAUGAAUGCUGUCACAGUCAAUGAACAGAAUUUACAAUGUUCCAACAAAAAAGAUAAUGAUGAGAAUGGUUAUAUAGAUGAGAUUGUAUUAACACUGGAAAGCUAUAUGAUUUCAAUUUUCAGCCUAAUCGGUCAUGCCAUAAUGACAAAUGUCAUUGCUAAUCUCAUGUCCGACUUAGCCCUGCACAGCGAUACAAAUCUUAUAUUCUAAAAAUUUAUCCAUAUUAUCAACCAUACAAAACUCAUAUUUUUAUAGAUUUUAGAAAAUGAAUUAUAAUAUUUCACUUUUUUAAAUUAAAGUAUCAUAAUGGGUC